GGCUAGUUCAUUCAUUUCCAGUUUUCUUUGGAGGAUGUGCUUUUCCUGCUGCAAAGCCUAAAAGAAACCAAGACAAGUUUUCCAUAAGUUUGUAUUACUGUAUUGCUCUCUAUUAAGCUGACAACUCUUCGUUCUUCUCCAGGAGGGCCUGUCCCAACUCUGCCGCCAGUAUCAGCUGGAAAAGAAAUGCCCAAACUUUCGGACAAGAAACUAUGUGCUGAUGCAGAAUGCAGUCAUCCUAUCUUGAUAGCUCGUGCAUUACAGGACUACUACCCUGGAGAUUGCAGAUUUAUCCCAAUUAGACAAGGCCAGCUUGUGUAUGUCUAUGCCAUGCUGAAAGACAGAGGGAACCUGUUCUGGGCUGGCAGUGUGCAAGAUUCCUAUUAUGGCCAGCAGGAGGCACGGAUUGGGCAUUUUCCCAGCAGUGUGGUGGAGGAGACACAUGCCUUGAUGCCAGCCAACACUGAGGUUAAGACUACAAAAUGGGACUUCUACUGUUACUGAACUGGAAAAAAGGAAGUGUGCAACACACUAUAUAUGACAAUAAUAAAAAGCAGUUUUAACCAUUUAACCACGUUUUAACCAUUCUAACCUUUUAGUGGCUGAUCUUUUUUGCAUCUAGAAAAAUUACAAUCAUAAUUAGGAAUAGGUAUAAAGAUUGUCAUUUCUAUUUUAUCGUAAAGUUAUUGUGGA